CCUCAUACCGAAACUGAAAUGUAAAGUCCCGCUCAUUUUGACUUCCAUAACAACUUUCGCUCAGCUUUUGAGGAUGCUCAGUGAAUUUUUAAAAAUUGGAUGGAUGAUUUGAACAAUGAGGAGCUUCAAAAGUGGUUGAAGUUUUCGAACCAACCUGACCCUAAAUAUAUCAAGCCUUACUCUUUAUAUCGUGGCCUUUUCUACAGUGAAAACGUAUGUGAUUUUGUUAUGAAUUUGUGCAGGCUGUUAAAAGCCCCUGAUGAAGUGGCGUUCAGAACGAUUGAAAUGUUCGACAGAUUUUUACUUCUGUACUUUAAAAACUUGUCAUUCGAAGAGUGGAUAACUAAUUUUGACCAGCCUUGCCGACCAAAGAAGAAAAAAAUUGUACUUUUUCUAAUCACUGUCCUACAAGUGGUCACAAAGUUGAUUUAUAGACAUAAAAUCCUUAAAACAUCAGAUGCCGAAAAGGUUAUGCUUAAAUUAGGUCAUCCAUCUAUCAAAAAUGAGAUUAUAGAUGCUGAGUUGUGUGUACUAAACACUUUGCAAGACUCUCUUAUGUACAGAACUCUAGAGGAAUGUAUAGAGUUUCUUGCUGUUGUUUUUACUAGCAAGGAUAGCAAAAUACAUUUCCCACUGAAAAAAGAGGUGAUGUUCUACGUCUACUGUAAAUACAAUUAUCUGAACCUAGAACUGAAAAAAUAUAACCUUCUUUUUAAGUCAUCUACACAUACACUUAUUCUUCUCGGUUCAGCAGUAUUGUUCUCGUGUUUAAUACUGAAUAAUCACGGUAGGAAAAUCAAUGUUCUACGUUUGGUUGUCAAAUCGCUGGGAAUCGUGAGCUCACAAGACAUCCUGAAAGCAACGUUUAUUCUAUUAAAAUCAAUAUAAAAUUUAUCACUGGUCAUCCUCCAUUUUUACCCGGAAAACUUGGAUUUAUCAUUUAUUAUGCCUGCAAACUUAACCGGUUUUUGCCAGGAAAUUCCUGUCGGUGUCAACUAUCUUUAUGUAAAGCCAAUUUUAUCAGUUGCUUUUUGUGUACUUGAUAGUUCAUGACUGAUGAUUAAUUUAAACUGACUGCUUAUAUACUAGGACAGGAGCUGGAAAUUGCUUGAAGGUCUAUGAAUUCUGACCUCUAAGGAAGACUGGAUAUUUGCUCAGUGCUGUUGAAAAACGUAUUCAUAAUUAUUUCAAUGAAGUUCUGAUAAACAUAAAUGGUAUCGUGUACAUAAUUAUAAUUACGAACGCAGUCAUUUGUCUUUUUCGGUUUGUUUCUUUAUGCUGUUUUGCUCUUGUUUGUACCGCUUUGACAAGUAAAAAUGACUCUCUGACUUUAUAAUACAUUAUUUGGUUCAAA